UAGUACUUACUUAUGUUUAGCCACAUGGCUUGGUAACUUUUCUCAGUUCUUCCUAUAUAUCUUGCUUCCUCUUGUCUGGAUGGCAGCUGCUAACUCAGCCUUCUUCCGAGAAUUCUCCUCUCUGCUUUUCCCUCCUAUGCUUGCUUCCUGGCUACUUGCCAAUCAGCAUUUUAUUUAUUAACCAAUCUGAACAACACAUUCACAGCAUACAAAGCAGUAAUAUUGUGUUCAUAUUUUCUAAACACUGGACUUUGAGAUUUGAUAUCCUUCUUAGAAUAUACUUUUUCCACAGGAGAAAUUCUAUUCCUUAGGAUCAUGAAUUGAUUCUUAGCAUUUAGUACCAUACUUUCAUUGUCAAGAAAAAUGUUGAGUUGUGUAGAUUUAUCAGGUGUCCAUGGACAUGACAUUGAAAGUACAUAGCAGUUUAUGCAGGCAUGGAAUUUUGUAAUAGUGCUGUGAAAUAAUGUUGUUUUGUACAAUUACAACUAAUGAUGCCUGUGGGUAUAAGGAUCAAUAUAUAGAAAACUGUUUGAAAUGCCAUGCCUACAGAGAUGUUGUCAAAGAAGGACUGAUUCUGGGUUCAUUAUUACUUAGCCUUAUAUAUUAGGCUAGGUUAAUACAUUAGGAAUUAUUUUUUCUCAUUAAAAUGAUAUAUGUUUCUUUAAAUAAAAAAUUGAAAUAUUAACACACCUGUAGGAAAUAAGGAUAUAAUACACUAGGAUAUGAUAACACCGGGUAAAUUUUACAUUUGAAGGCAGUGGUACAAUCAUCAAGUCUGCUUGAUGUUUUUCAUUGUGUUAGCUCUGAUUUCAAUAUGAACAGAACAUGAUGAUGAUGAGUAAAAUAAUUGUUAUAUUAAUGGUACAGGGACUAUUUCUAAGAACAAAACAAUGUAAAAAUUAGUUUAAAAAAACAGAUUUUCGUCUGGGAAAGAGGCAAUAUAGCAACAGGUGGCAGAGCAGAGGAGGAUCUACGGCAUCGCCGCCUGCAAAUCCUGCUCCAAGUGCAGUCUAUGGCCCAUGCUGAGGAGCCCAAGGCACUGGCAAGAAGAUUGGCUGGGCACAAAUAGUGAAAAAACUGGCAAAGAAGAAUUACGACUUCCACUACAUACAUUUGAGGUAGAAAUAUAUGUAUGUAUGAAAAUACAUAUGCAUACACGUGUAUGAAUCUUUAAUGUAGAUGAACAUUUCUCACAUGUAUACUAUACUUAUAUAAUUCUACUCUUCUUUAUUUUUCCUCCUGCAGUACCAUGUCUGCUCCAGGAUAUUCUAAAAGAAAUACUACCUCAUACUGAAUUUACAUUUUUCAUACAUACACAAAUAUAGUCAGACUAAAUGAUGCAUUGUAGAGAAUAUGGUAAUUAUUAAUGAAUAUUAUUAUUUUUAACCUUUGGAACUGAAAAGUCUCACAAUGUCAUUGUUAAAUAACCUGCUUCUAUCUGUCUUAGCAUCCAUCUUUUCUCCUUAGCUUUUCUGAUUAGUUUGUCAAGCCUAGAGAAUUUCCACUACACACUGGCAUGAAGAUAUGUGUUGUCAUGCUGCUACCCUUGUUUGGUUGUUUUUUGACUUUGGAUUAUAUUUUUGGUUGGUGUUCAUAUUUUCUAAACAUUGGGCUUUGAAAUUUGGCAUCUUUCUUAGAAGACACUUUUUCCAUAGGAGGAAUCCUGUUCCUUAGGAUCAUGAAUUGUAUCUUAGCAUUGAGUAACACACUUUCUUUGCCCAGACAACAUGUUGACUUGUGUGGAUUUAUCAGACAACUGAUAGACAUGACAUUGUAAGUACAUAGCAAUAUGUCCAGGUAUGGAAUUUUGUACUAAUGCUGUAAAAUGAUGUCAUUUUGAAGAGUUAAAACUAAAGUUGACUGUGGGUAUGGGAUAUAUAGAAAACUGUUCAAAUGGCAUGCCUUCAGAGAUGUUGCCAAAGAAGGAGUGCCUCUGUGUUCACUAAUUCUUAGCCUUUAUGUAUCAGACCAGGCUAAUACAUUGGGAAUUAUUUUUCCUCGUUUAAAUGAUAUAUGAUUCUUUUAAUUAAAAAAAUGAAAUAUUCAGUCAUGUCUGAGGGAAACAAGGAUAUAAUGCCCUAGGAUGUUCUAAGUCCUGGUAAGCUUUAUAUUUGAAUGUGGUGGUACAAUCAAGUCUGAAUUGAUGUUUUCAGUUGUGUUAGCUGUGAUUUUAUAUGAACAGCCCGUCAUGAUGAUGAUGAUGAGUAAAAUAAUAACUAUAUUAAUGGUCCAGGGGACUAUUUCUAAGCACAUACAAUGUAAAAAUUAGUUUAAAAAAAAAAAAGAGAUUUUCAUCUGUUUAAGAGGCAAGAUGGCGACAGGUGGCAGAGCAGAGGAAGAUCUGCAGCAGGGCCGCCUGCAGAUGCUGCUCCCCGCGCAGCCUAUGGCCCAGGCUGAGGAAGCCCAGGGCACAGGAGAGAAGAUGGGCUGGGCACAGGUAGUAAAGAACCUGGCGGAGAAGAAGCACGACUUUCGUGAGCCUUGGCGGGGAGAAGGAAGGGGCAGAGGUGCGGUGGUCAGGCUGGGCAGCCCCGCAGGCCUGGCCGCUCCAAACCCCGGCAUCUUCCCACCUGCUGGCCGCGGGGACCCGAGGGGCUGCAGUAGAGACCCUGCGGGCUACGCGGCAGAAGCUUGCAGGAUGCAGGAAGCAGGAGACGGGAAUCAGAGGAAGAUGGCUGAGGUGGCAGUGGGAGCGGAGGCAGCGGCAGCGGCAGCGGCGGCCAUGGCGUCCCCCUCCCCCGCCAGGCCUGGCGAGACCCAAGAUGCAGCUGCGGAGAUAACACUGCAGGAUGAGCCAGCAGCGGCCAUGCCUGGUAAGGGCCGCUUCCUUGUGCGCAUCUGUUUCCAGGGAGAAGAGAGUGCCUGUCCGACCCGGGAUUUCGUGGUGGGCGCGCUCAUCAUGCGCUCCAUCGGCAUGGAUCCUGGGGACAUCUAUGCUGUCAUCCAGAUCCCUGGCAGCCGCGAGUUCCAUGUCAGCUUCAGAUCUGCAGACAAGCUUGCCCUGUUUCUCCGCACCUAUGAGGAAAAGCGGGAGCUGGACGACUGCUGGGAGAACUUUGUCGUGCUGGGGCAGAGCAAGACCGGCUUGAAGACCCUCUUCAUCCUGUUCCGGAAUGAGACUGUGGAUGUGGAGGAUAUUGUGACCUGGCUCAAGCGCCACUGCGACGUGGUGGCCUUGCCAAUGAAAGUGACUGACAGGUUUGGGAUCUGGACUGGGGAGUACAAGUGUGAGAUUGAGCUGCGCCAGGGGGAGGGCGGAGUGAAGCACCUGCCUGGCUCCUUCUUCUUGGGAACGGAGAGGGGCUACAGUUGGUACAAGGGGCAGCCCAAGACGUGCUUCAAAUGUGGUUCCCGAACCCACAUGAGCAGCACUUGCACGCAGGACAGGUGUUACAGGUGUGGGGAGGAGGGGCACAAGAGCCCUUACUGCAGGAAGAUUGUCAUGUGCAACCUCUGUGGCAAGGGAGGACACAUGUUUGCUCAGUGUCCCAAAGCAGCUCACAAUUCCAUGCGCUUCUGCCUGCCAGGUUGAAUACACAGCCAGCUUACCCACUUAAGUGCCAAAACAUUUUUUUAUUUCUUUAGGCCAUUUUUCUCUCUAUGCCUUUUGAAAACCACGUGUGCUCCCUUUCAGCCUGUUUAAAAAGGAAUAUUCAGAACUGUUGUGUGAAGAUAUCUUGCCUCCCCCCCAGCCCCCUCCCCAGCCAUACACACCUUUCAUAUUCCGUUUUACGUUAGUUUUGGUACUUUCGUCAACACCCUGUCUGCCUCUGUACUAUUUAAUAACUCCCCCCUCAUUCAUGUCUCAUUAGAAGAUUUUUGCUCUUCGGGCUGCCUUGCUCAUUUUCAUGUCUCAGCCCUGGGUACAUGGCCCAGUGCCGUGAUAGGCAUUCAAAUAAGUCUUUAUUGAAUCAAAAAUGUAGUCGACUAGCUCUCUCUAGAGUGCCUACCUUGUGCAGCUCUCUGCUGGCCUCUUUCCAUUUGCUGCUUCUAUGUGAUAUGAAAAUUUGUGAAAACAGUGUUGCUCAAAAUGUGUAAUCCAAAUAAGCUCUGAAAGAUGGCCAAGGGCCUCUCGACACAUUUAAAGCUAUCUCCUUUGUGACAGCUCCUUGUGGCUCAGAAGCCUUAUUUUUGUAGGAGCCUGGAGCCUAGGCAGUACUUCUGGGAAAGACCCAAGAGGUGGUUUAUGUUGGAUUUUCUUUCGGGAACUUGCUUUUGUUUUGUGUAUUGAUUUGAGACAGGGACUCACUGUGUAGCCCUGAGUGGUUCGGUACUGGCAGCAUUCCUGAACCAGGCUGCUUUCAAACUUACAGUGAUUUUCUCAACUCUGCCUCCCCGAAGGAUGUUUUAAAUUAACCCCUUGGUUUUCCAGCAGAUGAAUUGAAUCCAAAGUUAAAAGUCUGGGUUAAAGUACACAGCGGUGUGGUGCUUCAGACUGUCCACAGUAGAGUCCACUGCCCCCAUAUCUGAUGCUCAUCCCAGUACCCCUCACACUUCACGACAGUCUCCUUGACAAUGGUGGGCCAAGGAAGUCUCUCUCCAGGCGUGUGGUCCCUGCAUGAAGCUGAGACACCAGCCCCCGAAAGAGCAGAAAGAGAAGCUUGUCUUGCCAUUUCAUAGUAAGGGACCUAGGGAAAGGACCAGCGAACACACUGCAGGCUGCAUGCAUGCAUCAGUCCUUGGAGUGAGUGCCACAUCUUCAAUGUUCCACUGUCACUGUCAGCAUUGAGAAAUGGUUACCCUCAGGAAAGAAACUUGCCAGACUUUUACAUUUGCACCUCUGCCUCAUUUACUAGGAACCCCAGAGAAGUUAGAGAGAGAGAUCAUCUGAAACCUUCGACCUCUGAUGCUCAGGAGAAAGGUGGUUUUAACCCAGAAGCAUGAGUGAUCUAUAAACUGGAAAAUGUUCUUGGGGAAACAGACCAAGAGAGAGGGCCUGAGUCAACUAAGUGUUCUCAAAUUAAAGUGAAAGACAGUAAGCUGCUUUUUUCAGUUUAUGUCUUCUCUUUGCAGUUUUGCUAUUUUCUUGUGGCUUAGAAUGUAAAACAGAGGUUCAGAUUUGUUCUCAAUAAAUAUUUAUCUUUCUUGCCCAUGAAAAAUGUUGAGUUGUGUGGAUUUAUAAGGUGGCCAUACACAUGACUUUUUAAAUACAUGGCAUUGUCUGCAGGUGUGGAGUUGUGUAAAGGUGCUGUAAAAUGAUGUCAUUUUUGAGGAAUUACAACUAAAUUUGCCUGUGGAUAUAAGGAUAGAUAUAGAAAAAACUAUUUGAAAUGGAAUGCCUUCAGAGAUGUUUUCAAAGGAGAACUGUCUCUAGGUUCACUAUUUCUGAGCCCAAUGUAUCAGGCUAGGUUAACACAAGGGGAAUUAUUUUUCUCAUUUAAAUGAUAUAUGUUUCAUUAAUCAAAAUAAAUUGAAAUAUUCAGUAAUGCCUGUGGGAAGCAAGGAUAUAAUACCCUAGGAUACACUAAUUCCUGAUAAGUUUUUACAUUUGAAGGUGGUAGUACAAUCAUCAAUCUGCCAUGAUUUAUUUUUCCUUGUGUUAUUUGUGAUUUCGAUAUAAACAACACAUUAUGGUGAUGAGUAAAAUAAUAGCUACAUUAAUGGUUCAGGGGACUGACUCUAAGAACAAAACAGUGUAAAAUUAGUUUAAAAAACAGAUUUCCAGUGCUGGGGAUUUAGCUCAGUGGUA